UGAAAGAUUUAUUGUAUCUACCAGGAAAACUACAUCACAAGUCUCACGUGGAAGACGAGCUGAGGAUUAUGAUUGACUAUCACUACGGACUCUACAGUCAGCGACUGUUCAACCAGGACUGUCUGACCACUGUCCAGUUAGCCAAAAUACUAUGGCGUGCGUUCCAGGUCAAUGGCUACUUCCGGACUAACAACUCUUUCCCUGAAGACGAGGUGGAAAAAGCUGUGGCGAAUGUGGACCUGUACAGUGCGAGUCAGGGCGUGACUAGGGUCUUCACCCAACAUUUCCGAGCCGACCCGGUCUCUGAGGGCGACUGGAGGAAGCAGAGAGAGGAGGCCAUGAUAAACGCAUACAGAGACGUGCCUGAUGAGCUCAAACAGAAGAUCAAAGAGAGAUUCCAUAGAGACUUCCUCCUGUUUGGAUACGAUCCCAAACCACCUGGCUGAAGGUAGCUAAAUCUACCUACUGAACAAGAGUCUUGCCUGGAAUCAUGAUUGCGCCUUUGUUGUAUUGUACGCCGUGAGAGUGAGGUGUUUCUUUGAAGAGUUGUCUGUUAGAUUGUUCGCGCCUGUGCAGUGAAUCUGUUUGAUGGUAACGAAUAAAAGUUAACAAUUACUGA